AUGAACAACCAAUCGUCGCCGCUGUUUGAAAGGAUCACACUCUGUUCCAACGCCAUCCUAGCAUGCAAAGAAAAUCGCAAGCAUGACUCGUCGUAUGAAGAAGUGAUGCAACACCUCCCUCACACGGUUACCGGAAAAGAUAACACCGAUUUGAUCAAAGCUUCACAGGAGUACUUGAAGCUGGGGUUCGUCGAUCGUGAUACUCCUAUUCGCAAAGUCAACAUCGCCCUGUGGGUCGCAGUUUCACUUGCAAACGAUCAUGACAACAACAAAUUCGCCCAGGAGGUUUGCGAACGCUUCCAAGGCCUAUAUGACUAUGAUCGGAAUGUCAUGGAGAAGAUCAUUAGCUUCUCCAUGUACAAUGACAGGAUUGGGAAGCUCUUGGACAAGGUCAUGAUUAGGCAGGAGAGCAACACGACGCCAGCUUUCGAUCUCGAGUUUAAUGCGGAGUUCGUUCUCAUAUUCUUCAACAUCAUGGAAUGCCUCGUGAAGGACAAACACCGUCUGACCGACCUCGGGUACGCGGCGAAUGUAACACCUGACGAUAUGGAAAAAGCGCGUGAGAUCAUCCACAAACAUUUGGACGACAUCGCCAUGAAAUGCUCUCCAUGCUUCAAAAAAAAGGAGUUGAAACCGCCUGCGCGAAGAGAACUGUUCCCAGCGACCGGUGUACUUCCCCAUCCGUCGAUCGGGUGCAACCACGUGACCUACGAUGAGGUGAUCGACAAGCUGAAAGAAGGUUUUCUGGACAACGCUGAGAAGGAAGACGAUGAGGCUGAGGUUGAGGCUAAGGCUGCGGCUGCGGCUGAGGCUAAGGCUAAAAAGGUUACGAUCGACAAGCUGAGGGAAAGUCUUCUGGACAAACCUGAGAAGGGAGAGUUCCUAGAGAUGAUCUUCGCCGCGAUCUCUCAUGCAUCGAACAAGGACGAGCCCGUCGUGACUUAUCACGUUCUGACGCUAGACUCUGCCAAGGACUUCUUCUUGGAAAAGAUCCUCGACAAAGCUCAGGCGGAGGAAACACGGCAAGCGAUCCUUGCUUCCGAUGAAGCACGCGAACUUCGUCAAAAAAACAAGUCCCUGGAGGAGGAGAAUUCUUUUCUGAAACAGCAACUAUUGGAAGAAAUGGAGAUGGCAUCCCUUGUCGAGCAGCAACGCGAACACCAAGAGGAGAAGUACAGGAAGUUGUGUAAAGAAAAUCCGAUUUUGAAGCAGGAAAACGAGGAAUUAACACAGAAGUUGGAGCGCGCUACCAUAUCUAUAGCGUUUAACGAAAAGAAUGAGAAGCAUUUCAGGAAGGAGAUUGCGAGUUUGACGAAGCUCAAGAGGAAGAGAACCACGAAAGAAAAAAACGACGAGGCUUACGACCGAUUCCGUCGUGUCCAAGAAGAGAAAGUGUGGAGUGGAGACGAACUGGACGAAUAG